GGUCAAUCACUCCACGUGUGUCCAUACAGGAUUCAGUGGACGUAAAUAAGCUAUUGCGUUGGAAUAUAUAGUAUUACUGAGUUUACGUUGCAAUUUUAUUUAUUUUUUUAUUAAAAAAUGUCGCCACUUAUCGAGUAAAACCAGUGAACGUAAUGCACGCAAUCGCGCCAGUUUUGCUCAAAAACAGCUGUGAUAUCCUCAUUGAGGAGUUGGUCAUGACAUGCUGAAAUUGUGUCGGAUCGUUAAUGUUUUAUCACGUCAAAAAAUUAUUCCAGCUCUCAAAAAUAAAGAGCUGUGACGUUUUUCAGGGUGGCCAGAACCCAAAUCGAAGAGUCGUAGAUUUAGCAUAUCCUGCAAAAUGAACGAGGAUUCAAAUAACGCCGAAACCAAAGCUUUGAAAAGACCAGCGGAUGAUGCACUGAUUGACAGUAAGCACGAAGACAAGAAGCUUAAAGCAGAGCAGAAUGGUGACAAGAAGUUCCCCAAGAAAAAGGUCGCUUUGCUGAUGGCAUACUCUGGCAAGGGGUAUUAUGGGAUGCAGAGAAAUGCUAAGAACUCUCAGUUCAGGACCAUUGAGGAUGAACUGGUUACAGCCCUUAUCGCAGCAGGUUGUAUUCCAGAGGGCCAUGGAGAUGACAUGAAGAAGAUGUCUUUUCAGCGAUGUGCACGAACUGAUAAGGGUGUUUCUGCUGUGGGUCAAGUUGUCUCGCUGAAAUUGUGGAUGAUUGAAAACGUCCUGGACAAAAUAAACGGCCAUUUGCCACCACACAUUAGAAUUUUAGGUUACAAGAGAGUCACGGGUGGCUUCAAUGCCAAAAACAACUGUGAUGCCAGAACGUAUUCCUACAUGCUUCCAACCAUGGCGUUUUCCCCAAAAGACAAUAAUCAGGAGGACAUGUCUUUCCGUGUGAGUUCAGAGACCCUUCAGAAGGUCAACUUUUUGUUCAACUUGUACAAAGGCACCCACAACUUCCACAAUUUUACCUCACAAAAGGGUCCACGGGACCCUAGCGCCAAGCGCUAUAUCACUCACAUGUCUUGCGGUGAGCCCUUUGUAAAACGGGAAGCUGAGUUUGCUGUCAUCACAGUUAGAGGCCAGAGCUUCAUGAUGCACCAGAUCCGGAAGAUGAUCGGUCUGGUGAUCGCUGUGGUUAAAGGUUAUGUGGUUGAGGGUGUGAUGGAGAGGAGCUGGGGAGAGGAUAAAGUUGAUGUUCCUAAGGCACCAGGUCUUGGAUUAGUGCUGGAGAGAGUGCACUUUGACCGAUACAACAAACGUUUUGGAGGAGAUGGCAUCCAUGAGACUCUGGAAUGGACUGAGGAGGAGGAGGCUAUCUCUGCUUUUAAGGAUAAGCACAUUUAUCCGAGCAUUAUGGAGACGGAGCUAGUUGAGAAGUCCAUGGUGAACUGGAUGGCUACUCUAUACAUCCAUGAUUUUGAAGCCACCGCAACAGGCAACCAAGAACGCAAAGAGGAUGAGGACGAUGGAAAUGCAUCUGACUGAAUCACCGUUAGAGUUUUUGUUGUUUUUUUUACUGAUCCUAUAACAUUUUGUUCUGAAGUUUCUGAAAAAUAAAAAAUCUGAAAGAAACUUUUCUUUUAUUAAGGCAUGUUUUUAUUCUCCUUUUGAGUGCUGUUAAACGGUAUAAAAAUGUAACUCCGUAAUUAUUUUGUUUGUCAUCUUGAACUGAUACUGACACCUUGGGGGAUGGAUGCAGCACUAUUCAAACAGAUUUCAGUUUCUGACACUAUUGUAGAAAUGCAGUCACUGUCGGCCAUGAUUCAUUUAAUCCAUGAGUAAACAUGUCCAAUAAUGGUGGAUUACUGGGAUUAAUUGUGUGUUCUCAUAUUGUCCUAAUUAUGAGAUGGCAACUGAAGGAUCUACUCCGAGCUCAAGUCUUCAGCCCUUUCUAUGCCAAUAUUUAUAAUGGCAAAAUGGCUUUGUUGUUGAUAACAGCAAAAUGUUUAUCACUACAUUUAUUCACCUCUAUAUUUUCUUAUUUUUUACAUGAUGUCACGAUUGUCAAGUUGGAGCUUUCAUUGAAUUCUGAGUUUACAACUUGUAAUUACCAGUUCUACAAAGACGUGAAUGCUUUUUCAUGUCGGAAUCUCAUAAUUAUGGUAAAUACGACAUGGGAUGAACGCGCCUUAUGCUAGUAGUUCGGCUGGUCGUGUGAGUUUAACAUGGCAGCCCCCAUGAGAGGA